AUUAUAUCCGACUAUCACACCAAAUAAAAUUGUAUGAAUACCUUAAAUCGGAAUAUUAACUUAUUCAAUUCAAAUUCGCCAUGUCUCCUCCUGUUGGGUCAUAAUUCCACAACCCUCCUCAAAUUUCUUCAAUUUUAGACAAUUUAUGAUAAUAACAACGCUCAAAUUCGGACGAAUUAUCCUGCAAAACGAUGGAGGAGGAGGAUGAAAGUGUUCUAAUUGCAGAGAAUUCAACCACAAAUGGGCAUAUUAAUGGCGAAUCAUCCCAAUUCAGCUUCACAGUAUUCCUCGAUCGUGUCGGAGAAGUCAUUCUCUCUGUUAAUUCAACCGGGUUAUCUUGGAUACCUGCAGAUUGCCCGAUUGAUGAUAAUUCAUCAUGUAUUGGCCGUUUAUGUCACGCUGAAAGUGCCGCUGAAAUAAAAUUUUCUGAUGUUUAUGCUACUGAGUUGGCUGAUUGGGGAGCAGUUCGUCAAUUGACUAAAUGCUGCUUUCUGCAUCAGGAUUCAGAGAUGUACCUUUUUGUGGUUCAUGCUAUGCAGAGAACAAAGACCAAGGCAUCCUUCUGGCACUUGGUGGAGUACACUUUUGGUCACAGAGAUCAGCUUGUAUGUCAAAUGAUAGUGAACAACAUAAAAUUGUAUCUUGCGAAGCAAAUUGGAAGACCGAAGAGUCUGUUGGUCUUUGUCAAUCCUAAGAGUGGCAAGGGAAAUGGUCAAAAUAUUUGGGGAGUUGUAGCUCCAAUAUUUUCCCGUGCUAAAGUGAGGGCUCAGGUAACAGUUACAGAGAGGGCAGGACAUGCUUUUGAUCUAGUGUCAUCUAUGUCAAACCGUGAACUGAUUUCAUAUGAUGGUAUAGUGGCUGUUGGCGGUGAUGGUUUAUUCAAUGAAAUCCUCAAUGGGCUUCUGAGUUCCAGGUUCAAGACCGAAUUUCCCCCAGUUCCUCCAGAAUUUAUGGCUUCUCCAGGGGAAGACCCAAGUACCUCAGUCCCUAUUCCAAAUGAAAUCAAUGCAGGUACUUUUAACCCAAAUGAAGACCAGUUCCCUCUGCUUUCUACUUCAAGACAUUAUGAAUCUCGAUUCCCAAGUUCCAGAACUGAAGAUGGAGUAUGCAGAACAGCUGACGAAGAUGUUGAGUUUUCUUUCCCCCAUGAAUGGUUCAGAUUCGGACUCAUUCCUGCGGGUUCAACUGAUGCUAUUGUGAUUUGUACAACAGGAGCUAGAGAUCCCAUAACAUCAGCAUUGCACAUUGUCCUUGGGAAACGAAUUGGUCUUGAUAUAGCUCAGGUUGUUAAGUGGAAAGCAACCAUGGACUCAGACUUUGAACCCUCUGUGCACUACACAGCCUCUUUUGCUGGUUAUGGAUUUUACGGGGAUGUCAUCACAGAGAGUGAGAAAUAUCGCUGGAUGGGUCCAAAACGUUAUGACUUUGCUGGAACAAAAGCUUUUCUUAGACACAGGUCAUACGAGGCUGAAAUAUCAUACUUGGAUGUCAAGUCCAAGAAAACUCAUCUUGGUUUAACUGAAGAUAAUUCAGAUGGGGCCACAGAAGCAUGCCAGAGCCAAAAGAGAAAAAUUGAGCAUGUAAUUUGCCGAGCUAAUUGUGAAGUCUGCAACACACCAAACACGGGCAUGGUGAAAUCAAAAUGGUUGAGAACUAGAGGACAUUUCCUUAGUGUAGGCGCUGCUGUCAUCUCUUGUAGAAAUGAAAGAGCACCUGAUGGUUUAGUAGCUGAUGCGCACCUCUCAGAUGGUCUUCUGCAUCUUAUCUUAAUCAAAAAUUGCUCCCAUGCAUUAUAUUUGUGGCACCUAACCCAUCUAGCUAGAAAGGGUGGAUCUCCCCUUGAUUUCAAGUUUGUGGAGCAUCACAAGACCCCUGCAUUUGCUUUUACAUCUUUUGGCAAAGAGGGUGUUUGGAAUUUGGAUGGUGAGAUCCUAAGGGCACAUAAACUCUCGGCUCAGGUUUUUCGUGGCCUUGUCAGCUUAUUCGCGAAUGGACCUGAAGUGUAACCGAGAAACUCUUCAUUGUAAUUUCGUAAUCAUAAUUUUCCGGUUAUGCAUGAGUAGAUAAAAGUGUAUAAAAUACAAAACUAAGCUUAAUUUGAUUUUUCCUGGAAAUAAAUCUCAUAUUUCAUUCUGAGAUAAACCUGUAAUUACAGAUUUUCUGAUUAGUGCUUCAGGAUUAAGCAAUAUACUCAGAUUUUCUGAUCAGUGCUUCAGGAUUAACCAAAUUACGCUUCUGUAAAUCUCGUGUAAAUUUUUGUUUUUUUAUUGAUACGGAUCAAGCCAAUAUAUGUUAAUUUUUAUUUUCGAAGGAAGCAACAUAUA